UGCCAGAUCAAAUACAAAGCCAGCCACAACCUGUGAACGGGACUAUUGGCAUUUCCACGGAAACCAGCAUUCAAAAUAAUAAUGCCAAGCAGCCCACAGCAAUCAAUUCGCAGCUGCAGCAAACAACGGUGCCUCGUUACCCUCCCCGUGAAGUUCCACCGCGUUUCCGACAGCAGGAGCAGAAGCAUCUACUAAAACGUGGGCAGCAGUUUCCAGCCAUUGCAGCCAACCUGGGUUUAGUCACUGUGGUAGUAGAGUCAGGAAGCAAAACUGCAGUGGGGCAGGAGCACCCUCUGACUGAAGAAGUAAAGGACAGUUGCAAAAAUCAGCCAGAUCUUAAUCUAGGACCUCACUAUGAAAGUUCACACUGGGGACCCGUCUCUUCCAAUGUUGAUUCAGGCACAAACUGGGAUAAAAUUAUCGUAGACGGCACUGACAAAGAAGCGUGGCCAUCUAUCACAGACAACAGCCCAGAGUUAACUUCAGAAUGUAUGGACAUUGACUCUGCCACAAACUCUGGGCCAGAAAAGAGCCACCUUGUGCCGUUUGCAGACAGCGUAGGAGAAAUGGAUACCAUAAGAAAUGGCAUCGCUCAUAGUUCUCAAAGCAAACUUUUGGUAGGCAGUAACAGCAAUAAUGCAGGCAAUGGAAGUAUUAAUGGACCAUGGGGCAUGACCCAUGGAGCCAUGAUAAGCACAUGUCAAGAUGGCCCCGAUAGCAAAUCAGACAGUAGGCACAACAGGAUUAAUGCUUGGGGCACCGUGAAUACUUCGGCUAAUGGAGUUAAUAAUCCAAGCACUUUGAAUAUGAACGGCAACCAUGGUGCCUGGCCCGUUUUGGAUAGCAAUGGACACACCCUUAAAGGGUCUAAUAAUUCUGGCACAAAUGUUCCAAACAUUACUAUAGGUCAGGUGUCUAACAAUCGGAGUAUUAAUCCUAAAGCGGGAAGCUCUAGCUCCUGGGGAAACCAUCAGGAGAAUUGCGAUUCUGAAGUCAAUGGUACACAGAAAGUUUCUUAUAGUGGGCAACCUCAAAACCUUAACACUGAAAUGACUGGACCAAAUAACACUACUAACUUCAUGACCUCUAGUUUACCAAACUCUGCAGGCUUAAUGCAGACAAAUGAACUGCCUAAUUCUACAGGGCAUGGGGCUUGGUGUGUGAGCAACAUGAAUCAUUCUCCACUUCACACCCCUUCAAUUACAAAUGGCACUUCCAUUCCUCAUCUAAGUAAUGGUGAGGAAAAAAAUGGCGGAUCAUACGGUACUACAUGGAGUACCUCCGGCUCUACUUACUCCGGAGAAAAAAGUUCAGUCCCAAAAGGGCAAGCUAAUGGCGACACUGUGAAUGCGACAAUAAUGCAGCCGGGCAUAAAUGGGCCCAACUGUCCAAACUAUAAAAUUAAUGGGAAUAAAGGAGUAUGGGAGUCAGGGACUGUAAACUCCCAAAAUAUGCAUUGGGGAAAUGGAGGGACUUCUGGUGGAAAUCGGAGAGGAUGGGGAAACCCAGCACAAAACACUGGCACUAAUAUAUCAAAUGGCGAAUGGAACAAAAUGCCUAGCACUCAGCAUUCCAAUGAGGGUGAAAAUAUAGAAAAUUGUAGGAAAGCACCAAAUUCCUGGAAAUCUGCUGAAGAAGAUAAUGUAGGUCAUAAUCCAACAGGGUCUAAGGGCAAUGAGGCAAAUAAUGUAUGGGCCAAAAGUACAGGUAUGGGAGAAAGCGAAGGUAGCGUUGAUAGCACUGGAAGUCAGAGUGAGCAAAAAAAUGGGACAAUAACUCUGGAAAGAAGGAAAACGGACCAGCAAACAUUACUCCAAAGUAUUGUAAAUAAAGGUGACCUGGACCCCCGGGUCUUGUGCAACACUGGCUGGGGACAGACUCCAAUUAGACAGAACACUGCCUGGAAUAUUGAAGCUGCUUCACCUAGGAGCGACAGAAAGACUGACAAUGGAACAGAAGCUUGGGGAAGCUCUGUGUCAAAGACUUCUAACUCAGGGGGAUGGGUAGAAAAACCCAACCCUAAUAGCAAUGAUACCUCAUCAGUAUCUGGGUGGGGAGAUCCAAAGUCUGCUACAGGGUGGGGAGAUGCCAAAGGCUCAAUAAGCCAAGGGGAUUGGGAAGAUCAAUUUGCUGCUACUACUGGAAUGGUCAAGAGCAAUCAGUCGUGGGGUAACGGUAAAGAGGACAAAUCCACUUGGAAUGAUGCACAAAAGGUCAAACAGGGGUGGGGUGCGCAUAGUGGUGAUAAUAAUAAGGGGGAAAAUUCCAAGAAUAAUCAUUGGGGAGUCACCAAGUCAGGUAAUGGAAAUGACAAUGAUAGAUCAAUGACUGGCUGGAAUGAGCAUAAUAGAUCCAAUUCUUGGGGAAGUGGAAAUGUAAACACAUCAAACUGGGCUGACACCUCUAAGAACGGCUCAACCCAAGGAUGGGGAGAACCGACCAAGCCUAAUACCCAAGGGAACAAUGAGGCUUCUAAAUGUGGCCCAGCUCAAAUGGAGAGUGAAAUGACAUCAAAUAACUCUACAGAAUGGAAUAAGAAACCGGAUACAGGUUCAUGGGGUGCACAGGCAACCACUAAUAAAUCUGGUUGGUUGGGUGGACCAAUGGCUACUCCCACAAAGGAAGAGGAUUCGACAGGAUGGGAGGAACCUUCCCCAGAGUCCAUAAGACGCAAAAUGGAAAUAGAUGAUGGAACUGCAGCCUGGGGUGAUCCUAACCAAUACAAGUACAAUGUGAAUAGAUGGGGUAAAAACACAUCGAGCACUUCCAGCUCUGCAGAAAAUCAACCCCAACUACAUUUGAUGCCCCCACCUUCAAGUGCCAUGCCAAACAAAGAGAACAGCAACAGUUCUGGUUGGGGGGAAACCUGGCCAGACACUCCAUCUCCUGCUGUAAAUAACGGUACUUCUGCUUGGGGUAAACCUAUAGAAAAUAACAGUAGUUGGGGGGAUCCCAGCAACGAGCCUGCUUCAUCUGGUUGGAACCACACUCCUAUUGGUCAGCAAGCUCCAUGUAAACCGGGUCCCAAAUCUAUGCAAGAAGGUGGAUGGUGUGGAGAGGAAAUGUCUGUGAGUCGUCACUCUAACUGGGAGGAUGACGAUGUAGAGAUUGGAAUGUGGAACAGUAAUGCCUCACAGGAAAACAACGCAUCUCUUAAUUGGCCGCCUUACAUGAAGAAGAUGCCUACAAAGGGAACCACAAAAAAUGGGAAUAAGCAAGAGGAGAAUUGGAUAAAUCCAUUUGUCAAGCAAUUCAACAAUUUAGCUUUUUCUAGAGACGCCCCAGAGGACUCCAUGCAGAGCAAUAAGAUGGAUCUGCCUGGGGUGAGAAUGGAUAUGGAGAAAACAGGUCUCGGGGUUGGAGACUACAAUAGGGCUGUAGGAAAAGCCCCUGGGCCACGCCACAUUUCCAAAGAGUCUUCCAUGGAUCACAAUCCUUACUUUGAUAAGGACAACAUUGUAGCAGAAGAGUCGCAAAACAUGCAGUUUAUUUCCAAUCAGAACAUGAAACUUCCCCCUUUAAAUAGUGCACUACCUACUCAGUCCCUAGGCUCCUUCACAGGGCUGGGAAUGCCAAACAUAAGUUCUGUAAAACAGAAUGGCAAUUCCAAUAUGUAUGGUGUUGGGAAUGCAGCACAAGCCCGAGGCGCACAGCAGCCUCCAGCACAAGCUCUCAGUUCAUCUCAGCCUAACCUCCGUGCGCAAGUGCCUCCUCCUAUUAUACCCCCUCAGGUUCCUCCUUCUUUACUAAAGUACCCGCCAAACAAUGGGGGCCUGAAUCCGCUUUUUGGCCCUCAGCAAGUAGCCAUGUUGAACCAGCUCUCUCAAUUAAACCAGCUUACCCAGCUCUCUCAAAUCUCCCAGCUACAAAGGUUAUUGGCUCAGCAGCAGAAGGUGCAGAAUCCAAGAGGGGUGUCUUCUGGGACACGCCAACAGCAAGAACAACAGGUUCGGAAUAUGGGUUUGCAUCAACAGUCCCGUCAAUAUGAGCCUAACCUGCUCAUGAAGCAGCCUGUUCCCCAGUCUCCCCAGUCAAUGCACCAUCAACCUCCCAUGAAGUCCUAUAUGGAGAAUGUGUUGCCUCACUCAACCCCCGAGAUGCCAAAAGUACCUUCACCCAUCAGUGCUUUUGGUGGAUUUUCAUUAGGAUUGAAUUCAAAUGUAAAUAUGGAACUUGGAAGUAUGAAGGAGCCACAGUCCCGACUGAGGAAAUGGACGACGGUUGACAGCAUGUCUUCUAGUACGUCACUGGAUCAGAAUUCCAGUAAACAUGGUGCUAUUUCAAGUGGUUUUAGACUUGAAGAUUCUCCUUUUGGUUCAUAUGAUUUCAUGAAUAGCAGUAAUUCUCCAUCCAGCCCUCCAGGAUCAAUAGGAGAUGGCUGGCCCAGUGCCAAAUCGCCAAAUGGCUCCAGCAGUGUCAAUUGGCCCCCAG